GUGAUUCAUUUACAGAUUUAAUGCAUUCCAUUAAACAGCUACAUAGAAUAGACAAGAUAUCAGAACAGAUAAGUAGUGCAGUGAGGGGCCUGAGCUUGUAUUGAUGUUCUCAUCUGGGACAAAACAUGCUGCUCAGGGUCGUGUUGUGUGUGCUCCUCAGUGUGGCUCUUGUGCCUGCAUGUCAGAGUGCUUCGUUCAGUGAAGAGAAUGAGGACGAUACAGAUGCGAUUGACGCCAGUAAGUGUUCGGAGGAAUAUGAAAACUGUGGUGUCAUAUACUCAACCGUCAACGUAACAGACUCCAUGAUUGUGAACGCAACUACAGGGGAACAGUACGAUGAUGUUGUACAAAAGAAGAUCAAAGUUCGAGGGUUCUGCUGUUCCGGACUGAUAUGCAAACAUGAAGGAUAUGAUGAGGAACCGUUGGAGCCUGGUGUGACUUACUUCUGCUCUGACCCGGAGAACGACAUCAACAGGGAGCGGAUGUUUGAAAAAUGGAAGAAGUCACUGGAGAUGCCACGUGACUAUUCUUAUUAAUAGACAUGUCAGACAUGUUCAUUUGUAAAUUUUAUUCAUUAAAUAAUCAUUCUGUCAUGUU